AUGUUCGGUGAGUUUGGCCAGCUACAGUAAUCCGGGACCAAAAUAUUUGAUCUACAGUAAUCCUAGGCUUAUUUGACCUUGAAAAUUGGGUUUUUCUCGAAAUUUCGAUGAUUUUGAUACCAAAAAUGCCUAGGGUUACUGUAGAUCGAGUUUUAACACAAUUUUUUGAUCUACAGUAAUCCUAGGCUUGUUUGACCUUGAAAAAUCGGGUUUUUCUGGAAAUUUCGAUAUUUUUGACACAAAAUAUGCCUAGGGUUACUGUAGAUCGAGUUUGUAAUGCGAAAAUUUGAUCUACAGUAAUCCGGGAACAUUUUGGGUACUGUAGAUAAGUUUCUUGGCACCAAUUUUCAGAGCUACAGUACUUUGAUUUUGGAUUACUGUAGAUCGGUUUUGGGUGUCCAAAUUUGAUCUACAGUAAUCUCAAAAUCACUAGAUUUUUGGCAUAAUUUUUUGAUCUACAGUAACCCAAGUUUUAGCGGGAAAAUAUGAUCUACAUUUUCUGAAAAUGGCACAAUUUUUCUGAUCUACAGUACUCUCAUCUUUGGACUACUGUAGCUACAGUAACCCUAGGCAUAUUUGGUAUCAAAAAUCGUGUUUUCGCGCGAAAAUUUGACCUACAGUAACCCAAAUCGUAUUUUUUUCCAGCAAAAAGUAUUUUCGAAAUGCUCCUCCUCACAAUUUUGCUCACAUUCUGUUGCCGCGGCCCGAAAAAAUCGACAGAAAGUGGAAAUUCGCGAAAAGCGGAGGCGAAAUCGCGUCGCAAUUUACCGUCACGAAAUGGCGCCAAAAAAACCAUGUCGCCGCCCGCAAAUUUGCCGCCUGCGGCGGCCGCGACCGCCGCGGCGAAAACGCCAGAAGACCCGAUGGCUGCGAAAAUCGAACAAUUAUCCAAAAAAAAUGCGAAAUCCCAAAAAUUGGCUCAAAAACCUGAAGAAGAUGCGCAAAAUCGCGAAAAUCCCGGCGAAAUCGCCCCAAAAACUGAUAUGAACGUGGAAAUUUUGGAGGCCGCAAAAUUGCCGAAAUUGGACGCGACAAUUGUUGAGAAUAUUCAUACACGUGGGUUUUUGGGCCUCGAAAAAUCCGGUUUUUUGAGUCUAGAUAAGCCUAGGGCCCGAAAAAUCCCGUUUUUUUUGAGUCUAGAUAAGCCUCGGGCCUGGAAAAUCCGGUUUUUUUGAGUCUAGGCAAGCCUAGGCCCGAAAAAUCCUGUUUUUUGAGUCUAGAUAAGCCUAGGGCCCAAAAAAUCCGGUUUUUUGAGUCUAGAUAAGCCUAGCGGCCCGAAAAAUCCGGUUUUUUGAGUCUAGAUAAGCCUAGGGCCCAAAAAAUCCUGUUUUUUUGAGUCUAGAUAAGCCUAGGGCCCGAAAAAUCCGGUUUUUUGAGUCUAGAUGAGCCUGGGGCCCAAAAAAUCCUGUUUUUUGAAUCUAGAUAAUCCCGGGCCCAAAUUUAGGCCGAAAAAUUUUGAAAAAUGAAUUUUUUAAAAUUUAAAAUUCUAGGUCACGUGAAAAUUUUCAAAAAUUUCGAAAAAAUUCAAUUUUUGCAAGUGUGCUCUAUCGAAAUAUCGAUUUUUCUUAAUUUUUAGAUUUUCUAGGCCCAAAAGGCCCCAAAGGCUUAUCUAGACUCAAAAAAAUCGGAUUUUUCGGCCCCUAGGCUUGUCUAGACUCAAAAAACAGGAUUUUUCGGGCCCUAGGCUUAUUUGGGCUCAAAAAAUAGGAUUUUUCGGGCCCUAGGCUUAUUUGGGCUCAAAAAAUAGGAUUUUUCGGGCCCUAGGCUUGUUUGGGCUCAAAAAACAGGAUUUUUCGGGCCCUAGGCUUAUCUAGACUCAAAAAAACAGGUUUUUUCGGGCCUAGGCUUAUCUAGACUCAAAAAAAACCGGAUUUUUUGGGCCAUAGGCUUAUUUGGGCUCAAAAAACAGGUUUUUUCGGGCCUAGGCUUAUCUAGACUCAAAAAAAACCGGAUUUUUUGGGCCAUAGGCUUAUUUGGGCUCAAAAAAUCGCAAAUUUUCCAGCCGCCGUGCAUCACCGCGCUCAAAAAAUCGCCACCGACAAGCUGAUCAUCGAUCCGAAGUUCUCGAAAUACGCCGGCAACAUUGACGACAUCUCAGAUCGUGCGCGCAAUCAAAAAAUUUCGGAUUUCGAAAAAGAGCUCGAAAAACCGGCGGCGGCGACGGAAAAUUCCGCAAUGGCUGCCGCAAGCGGCAAAAAACCGCCGCAGCAGGCGGGACGCGUCAAAUUUUGCGAGGAAAAAUGUGUGGUUUUUGAGACGAAUGAUUUGCCGACGGAUGAGAAUGAGGAGGAUCAAAAUGGAGAGGGCGGAGCCGAUGAUUUGGUAUAG